AUAAAAACACGAUUUCCAAGCGGAGAUUUACCGAAAGAAAUAUUCGCAAAAAUAACCAAAGGAAACUCGACGGCAGCUGCACAUUUAGUUUGGCCAGCUAUAAACCUUUUUCCUUUUACCUGUUGCCAAAAAUCCGCGAUAAAAAUGGCCGCUGGAUUUCGUCCGUACGAUCAGGAGGAUUCCCUCUCGCCCUCUAACCUUACAAAUAGCCAGGCUCCGGGAAUUAGCAUGUCAGUCGUCCGGCGAGCAGAGCCGCAUUUACAGUACCAGUACUUCCAUCCGCAGACAGCGAUCCUGCCCACAGUCCAGUACUCGCAUCCGUAUCAUCAGUAUCUGAGCCAAUUUGCCCCGAAUUUUGUGCCCUACUACUACCGCCUGCUCUCGCGUCCCAUCAUGAAGCAGGAGGAGAUGGACAUCGAGAACUACAUUAACUAUGAGGUGGCCUCCCAGCAGACCAUUAUGCGCCAGCGGACCCUGAAGCCCCUGGGUCAGCUGCAGAUCCAAAUGCCGCCCCCCAUAAAAAUGGACCAAGCGCCAGUCAAGAUUCCCAUUCCCGUAAAGCCAGUGCCAGUGCGGCGAAGUUCACCACCCAAACGAAGGAUUAUCAAUGCCACACUGGUGGCCAUGGCCACCGCUUCCGGGGGAAUCAGUAAUGUAGAGCCCCGGCUGGAACCCCUGCCUCCCGUGGCGGAAUCCUUCAAGCAACAGGUGGCCAAGAUCCAGAAGAGCCAGCACCACUACGAGCAGCUCUUCGGCCGACUAACCACCAUGCUGAAGACCCUCAAUCAGAGGUAUAACGAUGCCGAUGAAGUGCCAUCACCGCCCCUAAAGAGACCCAGGUACGUCUCCACCAGCUCCGCGGAAUCGCAUCUCCAAGAUGCAGGCUCCGAAAAGGACACUUCUGCUACAUUUCCCCAGCGAGUGGAGAAGCCGGAUGGCAGUGCCACCUAUGUCCUAGGACCAAAUGGCACCACGAUCUCGGCCCAGCAGUACACCGACGUCUUCUGGACCAAUGCGCCAACGGCCACGAGAAGUCUCCUCUGCAUGGUCUUCACCAGCGAUGAGCUGGCCACCCACACGCUGACGGGAAAACCCUCACCCGCCUUCUACGGCCGGGAACGACCUCCGAAGCUUCAGUUGGACCCGCGCAAAGUGGACGACAUUGUGGUCUGCGUGAGGGAAAGGACGGGAGGCAAGGAGCGCGUGAUCCGGGCCACCAUCACCACCAAGUGCGCCGACACGGCCAAGAAGUACAAGCGACGGGCCAAAAAGGCCCAGAAGGUUACUAUUAAUGAAGUAUUUUAGGGCGGUCAAGGGGGGUAACGAUUGGCUAGAUAUAAUCCAGCUAUGAUUAAAUCGAACCACUUCUCAAGGGAUCUCAAACGACGCGCCAAAAAGGCGCAGAAAGCAUUUGUAAAUAUCAACUAUAGAUCCUGCUAUAAGCUAACCACUUGUAAUAUAAUCUAGCUGUGAUGGAAUAAACAAAGA